AUGGGAAAGCUCUCGGGACUUCAGAGGGCUGUUUUGUCCCUUUACCGGCAAUGCAUCCGAGCCUUACGAGACAAGCCUAAUGACACACGAGAAAACUUUCGAUUAUUUGUUAGAGAAGAGUUCCGCAAGCACAUCAACGUCGACAGGAAAGACUUCAGCACCAUCGAAUACCUACUUCGACGAGGACACCGACAACUCGACAUCUACCAAGACCCAGGAAUCAGAAACAUCUUGAGAUGA